GGUGAAGGUGGGUCCAGACCCGCCCCUCCUCAGCUUCCUAUAAGUGCUGGGAAGCAGGGACGGCUGGGCCACACACCAUGAGGCCCUCCGUGACACUGAGGACCUUCCUGCUGGCUCUCGCACUGCUGUGCACCCUGCUGGGUCUGGGGCGCCCGCUAAGCUGCGAAGUGUGCAGGGGCUCUGGUCCCACAUGCCGCGGAAAAAUGAAGACCUGCGAGGCCGGCAAGGACGCCUGCGUGGUCAUCGUGGGGGAGUCCAGCACCAAGGGCCACCACUCCGUGAACACCUACAAGGCCUGCAUGAAGUUCAGCGACUGCUACUCGGGCUUCGUGUCCACCACCAUGGGCCCCAGGGACUACAUGGUGUCCAACACGAACUGCUGCCAGAGCGACGGCUGCAACCGCGGCUCCGUGCCCCCUCCCCAGAACAAUCGCACUGAGAAUGGCCUCCUGUGUCCUUCCUGCAUCGUGCCCUUCCACGAGACGUGCCCGGGGACCCAGGUGGCCCGCUGUGUUGGCCAGGAAACCCACUGCAUCUACUUCGCUGGCAACGUGCAGGCUGGUAUCAUCAACACCAAGUUUGCCACCCGAGGCUGUGCGACAGAGACUGCCUGCAACACCAAGCCCGGGGCCGAGGUGCCCUCAGCCUCCUACCUCUACUUCCUGCGCCGAGCAGACUGCCUUCCCGCCCCCCAGCCCCCUGGCAGAGCCGAGUGAGGAACUGAGGAACCUGCGGCUCGAGUUCCCGUUUGUCCUCAGCCUGCAGCUCCCUGUGUGCCUAUAAAGCAAGCAGA